AUGACUGGUAAAACCCAGACCAGCAACGUGACCAACAAGAAUGACCCGCGCUCCCUCAACUCCAGAGUCUUUAUUGGCAACCUCAACACAGCCAUCGUUAAGAAGACUGACAUAGAAGUCAUCUUCGCCAAGUACGGCAAGAUAGUGGGUUGCUCCGUGCACAAGGGUUACGCCUUCGUACAGUAUUUGAACGAGAGGAACGCUCGAGCAGCUGUGGCUGGGGAAAAUGCACGUAUCAUCGCCGGACAGCCUCUUGACAUAAACAUGGCCGGCGAGCCCAAACCCUACAGGCCUAAAGCUGGCUCCAAACGGCCGCUCUCAGCUGUUUACAGUGGUUAUGAGUUUGAUUACGAGUACUACAGGGAUGAUUUCUACAGCAGGCUCUUCGACUACCACGGCAGAGUGGCCCCCCCACCCCGAGCCGUGAUCCCCCUCAAACGCUCCAGGGUGCUCGCUCCUUCCUCCCGCCGCGGGAAGACCUCCUUCCCGAUCAAAACAUCCUCCUCUUCCUCCUCUUCAUCCUCCAGACCUCCCACAUCCUCCUCCUCCUCCGGGCUGAAACUGAAGACGGACCAGCUCCAGACUAUCAAACGGGAGCUGACUCAGAUCAAGAUGAAGAUCGACUCUUUGCUGGGACGCCUGGAGAAGAUCGAGAAGCAGCAGAGAGUCGAUUCUGAGGCUCAGAGAAAGUACGAGGACAACUGCGACUCCCUGCAUGAGGAGUCUGUGUCAGAGACGGCAGAAAACUCCGGGGAGGAGGCCGGCGAGGGGGCGCUGGACAUGGAGGCGGGAGAGAUGACCGAUGGAGGCGAGGACGACUACGACGAGGAGGGCAGCCACCAUCUGAUAGAGAACCAUGUAUCGGAUAUUGACAACUGA